AGAAAGAAAAGUGGAUCGAUUCCGAAGCCUCACCCACGCCAUUUAUAUAAAACUCAUUUUCCUUUCCCAUUUCCUGCAAAUCUGUUCCUUUCUCUCUCUGGUUCGGGUUCUUCCUCGCAAAUCCGAAGGAGAGGAUCUCUCUUGCGUUUUCUCUGUUAGGUUUUCACGAUGGCAUCGAAGCGGAUCUUGAAGGAACUCAAGGAUUUGCAGAAGGAUCCUCCCACUUCUUGCAGUGCCGGUCCUGUGGCCGAAGAUAUGUUUCAUUGGCAAGCAACAAUUAUGGGUCCUCCAGACAGUCCUUAUGCUGGAGGUGUUUUCUUAGUUACUAUUCAUUUCCCUCCAGAUUAUCCAUUUAAGCCCCCCAAGGUUGCAUUCAGGACGAAGGUAUUCCACCCAAAUAUAAAUAGCAAUGGAAGCAUUUGCCUUGAUAUAUUGAAGGAGCAGUGGAGCCCUGCUUUAACUAUUUCCAAGGUGUUGCUCUCAAUUUGUUCCCUGUUGACGGACCCAAAUCCCGAUGAUCCUUUGGUCCCUGAAAUUGCCCACAUGUACAAGACAGACAGGAACAAGUACGAGUCAACUGCAAGAAGCUGGACCCAGAAAUAUGCCAUGGGCUAAUUGACCUGUAGCAUGUGUGAGGGAGAGCCAUUUUUACUUUCAGUGUUAAGGCCUAACAGCCUAUGUAUGAAUAUUUGUUAAUCUUCGAUUAAGGCCCCUCCAGUUGAAGAUGAAUGGAGGAAAACAUUUCUUCUGUUGUUUGUAUUGCUAAAUGCCAAUGCUACUUUUAGAACAGUGAAAUGUAGCCGAAUUAAAAGUUUGUUCAAAAUUUUAACCAUGUAUUGAUUUAAUCAUUUCAUAUUU